CAACCUGAGGGCUACAUCAUUUCGGCACCCUGUCACAGGACAGAUAUCCCCUGAAAACACAGAAUACACACUUCAAGACAGGAUAGAAGCCCGUAUGUCCAAGUCAGCGGCCAAUCAGAGAUCCCCGGGCAUGGUCACAGACGCCUCCAAGGCUGUGACCCCAGCAGCAGUGGAGGCCAGCUCAGUGUCAAAGGGCUCCAGAGGAUUGGGAAAAGUACACAGUUUUGGCAAGAGGGAUCAUGCUAUCAAAAGAAAUCUCAACAUCCCAGUGGUGGUGAGGGGCUGGCUCUAUAAACAGGACAGCUCUGGAAUGCGACUGUGGAAAAGGAAGUGGUUUGUUUUGUCAGACUACUGCUUGUUCUACUACAAAGACAGCCGAGAGGAGACUGUGCUCGGUAGCAUCCCUCUGCCCAGUUAUGUCAUUGCACCAGUUGAAGCUGAUGAUCACAUAAACCGAAAAUACGCGUUCAAGGCGAGCCAUACAGGAAUGCGCUCCUACAUUUACAAUAAGAACUCUGUGAUUGGCUCACAGGCAGAACACUGCGGGAUGCGGACAUAUUUCUUCAGUGCGGACACACAGGAGGACAUGAAUGGCUGGAUCCGGGCCAUGAACCAGGCUGCGCUGAUGCAGCAGAGUCACACUGUAAAGAGAGAGUUGGAGAAUCCAAAGAAGGCUGUGCAGCAGGCUGUGCAGCAGGCUGUCCCACAGACCAACCACGUCCACAUCAACCAGAAAUCAUCUCAGUCAGAGUGCCGUCGCAGGACAGAACCGGACAUUGGGAUCCACCUGGCUCAUGGAGACGAGGUGAGGUAUGGAUUACAGAUUCAAGGCAGGCCCAGCCAGUUGGUCGCAGAGGAAAGAGCAGAGAGACUCUCUCCAGACUCUGACGAUGGUGCCGCCCACAAGAACGGACAGCAAACUGUAAUCGAAGUGACUCUGCCUCCAGAACAGAAUGGAAAUAUUGUCUAUCAGAGGGGAUUUGUGUCGCGCGGAGACCCUGGGAAACAUGUGCAGAGAAAGAAUACACUGGCUCAGGUGCAGCAGUGGGUCAAAGUUCACAAAGGGGACCCACCAAAGAGUGCUCCCUCUGCUGAAUACCAACUCCCUCGGCGGACUCCUCCAUUAAAGCCCAAAGCCAGCACAGUGGAUGCCUCCCAUCAGUCGUUGCCAAAGUCUCCCCGUCUCCCGUCAGGCAGCAACUCUCCUCCAGCAACAUGCAACCUGCCCAGCGACUAUAAGUACGCCCAUGACCGGCUUAGCCACUUCCGCAUGUCCACCGAUGAGCGCACGGCCACUAAGGAGGGGAUGGUGUGGCAGCUGUACGAGUGGCAGCAGCGGCAGCAGUUCCGUCAUGGCAGCCCCACGGCCCCUAUCUACACCGGCCCCAACUUUACAGACUCUUCAUCUUUCAGAGUUACGGUGGAGAUGCCACGUUCCCUCUCUGUCCCACCAUCCCCUUGUGAAGUCCCACCGUCAAUCCCCUCCUUCAAACCCCUGUCCCCUCGCAGGCCACACACUCCUUCAGACAGACGCACAGUCAGGCCCCUGGACAAAGUGGCCCCCGGGGACAGCACAGGAUCCAGCUCCCCUGGCCAUAUCUGUCUUUCUCAGACUUCCCGAAUAGAGAGAAGGUCCAUGCCAGGCAUGGGCUACAUCACGCACACUGUCAGUGCACCCAGCUUACAUGGCAAAACGCCAGAGGAGCUGACUCUGCUCCUCAUUCAGCUUCGGAGGCACCAGGCCAAGAUGGCUAGUGUGCAUAGCCCCAGCGAUGCAUUCGCUCACCUGCAGCACCACCACAACGGCCUUCUAGGCCCCAGCAUGCAGAUCCAAAGUAUUGACCCGAUGAUCGUUUCAGUACACAAUGUGUUUGAAAACUCGACUCCACACAGUUUUGGGUACUGUUGGAAUGUUACUGGACGUGAGAAUUUUAAAACAGAAAAACCAUCAAGGCCGGUGAAAAUAGCAGAAAGUGAUGCUGAUGUAAAAUUAAGUCGACUGUGUGAACAAGACAAGAUUCUCCAGGAGCUCGAGGCCAGGAUACGCACUUUGAAGGAUGACAAGGACAAGUUGGAGUGUGUGCUGGAUGUUUCCCACCAGCAGAUGGAGCAGUACAGAGAUCAGCCGGCACACGCUGAGAAGAUUGCCUAUCAGCAGAAAUUACUACAAGAGGAUGUUGUUCACAUCAGGGCUGAAAUAUCUCAAGUCUCCACAGAGAUGGAGAACGCGUGGAAUGAGUACAGCCGGCUAGAGAGGGACGUGGACUGGCUGCAGUCGGCGCUGCAGGGACAGAUGAGCCGCAGCGACCUCUUUCAGGUCUGUGGCUCACUGAUCUCUGUCGUUCCUUCUCAUGGAUGGCAAGAGAAAGUCCAGAUCAGGAAAGAGCUGUGGAGGAUUGAGGAUGUUAUCGCAGGCCUCAGCACCAGUAAAGCCAACUACAAAGUCACUAUCUCCUCUGUUACCAACCCAGAGAGGAAGUUUGUGCCUUCAGUGUCGGCGUCACCAGUGCCUUCUGUGUCUGGGAGCCCGUCUGCUAUGGAGAUGCGGUUGUCCCAGCAGCCACAGCACAGCCCCCGCCUCAGCCUCAGCCCCAGCACCCCCACCCUGUCCUCCAGCCCCAGCCAGCAACACUGGGUGGACGCAACCAUCACCAGUGGGCUGAAAUGGGGUGAGGAUGAUGUGCCUCCCAGACCUCCUCUACCUCAGCUCUAUAGUCCUGAUGAGCAUCCCCCUGCUGUGCCCCCGUUGCCCCGGGAGACAACAGUCAUCCGGCAUACUUCUGUACGCGGCCUCAAACGACAGUCAGAUGAACGCAAAAGGGACAGAGAGAUUGGCCAGUUCACUAAUGGAGACGGCAAGGUGGAACUAAGACCUUUCCUGAGCGAUCCAGAGCUUAUGGGAGCUGGAGACGGCUCAAGCCACAUCAGUGUAGCAGCAUCAGGACAUGAGGGUUACCAGACAUUACCUAGCAGAGGAGUGGCGGGUUCCUCGCUGAGGCUGAAUAAGUCCUCCAACAUCUCUUCAUAUGUGACCAUCCGAAGAUCCACCUCAGCUGCAGGGGUGACGGAGAGACCAAAAAGUGCCUUGGAGCGUCUGUACUCCGGGGAGCCGGCCCAGCAGCAGCAGCAGCAGCAGCAGAGGGGGAAGAUGAGUGCUGAUGAGCAGCUGGAGAGGAUGAAGAGGCACCAGAAAGCCCUCGUCCGCCAGCGCAAACGCACCCUGAGCCACGGAGACCGCCACGCCUCUCCAUCCUCGCGCACACCGCCUGCACCCUCGCGCCCACUUUCUGCAGACUUGGGAUCAUGGAAGAGAGAGCAGGACUUUGACCUGCAGCUGCUUGAGAGAGCUGUUCAGGGGGAGGAGGCGCAGGCAGUGAGGAGCGUUCAGGGGGAGGAGAGACCUCCCGAGCACAAGGAGAGACCCCGCUCGCACUCUGACGAAUGGCUGACCCUGCGCUCUACGGCCACGACUCCUCCUGCCCAUGAGGUCGACCUGGAACCACUAGACUAUGACCUGGACCUUAACAAAGAGCUUUCCAAGCCUCAGAAAGUGUUGAUCCCGGAGCGCUAUGUGGACUCAGAGCCUGAGGAGCCUCUCAGUCCGCAGGAGGUGGAGGAUCGUUAUCGUAAGGUGGAGCGCAUCAAGAGCAUCUUGGCAAAAUCCAGUGUGCACAACCUGGCACCUGCAGUGACCGUGGACAAGCCAGGGGUCGGGCUGGUGGCUCUGGACUCAGCGCUGCAGGAGCAGGAGAGGAUCAUCACCAUGUCCUACGCUCUGGCAUCGGAGGCUUCGCUCAAGAGCAAACUAGUCACAGUUCCACUACUGGCUAACAUCCCCACCUAUCCUCCUCCUCCUCCCCUUCCUCCUGCUCCUCCUCUUCCUCCUUUCCACCCUGCUCCUUAUGUUCCUCCUGCUCCUUCGGUUUUUCCUUCUCCCUCUGUGUCUCUGGCGCCUCCCUCUCCUCUAAGCAACGGAAUUCACUACACGUUUGUCUAACCCAAGAAAUAAACUCAAGCCAUUUCUGGACACUGAGGUGCUAUUCCAAAAU